AUGCGAGAACAAGAGUGGACACUGUCGAGCAUCCGUCUUCAAUGCUGGUGGCGACAAAUAAGUGCCGAACGUGAACUUAUAAAGCGAAGAAGAAUACGAAGGGAGCUCAAGCACAGACAAGAGAACUUUCUCGCUCUACUUACCAGUAAACAGCACCAAGCAGCCUGUACAAUAACUCGCUGUAUACGAAAUCACGCGCUUCGUCAUGCACGUGCACGUGAGGCACUUCGGGAGAAAGCUGCUCUUUGUAUUCAGCAUUUUUGGAGGAAAUUGUGCACUCAGUGGCUAACUCUACGUCGCGAAUUGCGACGACAACGCCGAGAAAAAGCAGCCAUUUGCAUUCAGAAGCAUGCGCGACGGAUAAUCGCCAAGCGAAGGCGAGUUUUGCUUAGUAAAAUCGCUCAUGUCGACAAGUGUCGUCGAGAACAAGCUCUUCAAUCGGCUGCGAGAGCGAAGAGUACACUAAUGCUUGGAGCUGCGAUAACUAUACAGCGUGCUGUUCGCAUGUGGCUGGAAGGACGAGUCCUAGUGCUACGCCGUCGACGAGCUGCGUUUGAAAGAGAUAAACGAAAGAUACUCAAGGUUCAAGCACAUUAUCGAGGCCAACAAGCUCGCAGAUGGGUAGCCAAGCACAGACGUGACGUUCAGGCAGCCGUUGUCGUUGUUCAGUGUGCCUGGAGAUCGUAUACUUCUAGAAUUGAGCUCAGGAGACGCAAGCAACAAGCCAUUGAUCGACGUACCGAGAUAUUAGAGGAAAUCGAGGAAGAGCGUCGCAAAAGAAAGGCAAACGCUCUCGUGCCAACUCCACUACAGAAGAAAUGGGGCCAAAUCUCGUUGCUCAAGUCCAGUCCAUUCCAACCAGUUGAUGUUUCAAGUUCGCGAGAAGUCCAAGCUGCUAGGAAAGUGCAGGCCAGAUGGAGAGGAAAGCAGAUACGCAAGCGUCUUCGGUACGAGAAAGCCAAGGAAAAGGAGAGAACAAGACGGGAAGGCAAUCGUAAACGGAGACUAGCAGCUAUAUGCAUACAAAAGCGGAUUCGAGGGAUCCGAGGACGAGCUUAUGCAUGGCGAGUGAUGGAGGACCGAAGCGCGAAGCGGAUUCAAAAACUGUGGAGAGGAUAUAAAACGCGAAGUCAACUCCUGAAAACGAGGUAUGCUCUCAAGAUGCUCAGUCGAAUCCAAGCACGUUGGAGGGCUCGACGAAAUAUCGAGAAUCAGCGUUUCCGCGGUCUCAAAGCUGCAAUUAUUCAGCGAGCAGCGCGGCGAUACGUUGGACGAGUAAUGCUGUCAGCAGUGGUUCGACGUCGUCAGCUCUUAGCGGAGGAGAGUGCAGUGGGUAAAGUCCUCGAGGAAAGGACUCGCAGACGUGUUAAGGAUGAAUUGCUACUCCAGAGCUUCAUCUUUAAGUCAGUAAAAAGCGCAGACGACAAGGAAGGCAGUACACAGGAGGAACUUCGUGUUGAUCGUGUGCUGUAUACUGUGGACCUGGCGAAAAGGCAGUGGAAGCGAAAAGGAUACGACGGCGUUUGGCAGGAGGUUUUUCGAACUGCUUCAGGCAACCUAGUGGAAAUGGACAACUCUCACUUCGCAAGGUUUCUCAAGGCUCUUCCGCAUGGUUUUAUUCACAAGACUCACUUCCCAAUGCAGAAUGCCGACGUCAUUUUCGCGAAAAUGAAAGAACCUAAGGCAAAGACGAUAUCGUUUCCAAGAUUUAACAAAGCCAUUUUGAUGCUGUUGAAAGAGAAAUUUGCGGACACGAGUAUCAACAAGGAGACCAAAGGUUCAGAGCCUACGAUUCAAAAUGGAAAAUACAGGAAACUUCUGGAAUCGCAUUGCACGAAGCGAUUACUUUGGUCCGAGAGGAUACUGCGGAGGUUCGCGAUUUGCAUCGCUACUAAGAGAAGACACGAGGCGUUCGUGGUCAUCUUCCGUGAGCAACAAAUCCAGAAACAUCGGAGUAAAUGUGCUGCAACAAUUCAACUGGCGUAUCGCUGCUAUAAGUUUCGAUUGCAGCUAAAGGCGAUGCUUGCUAGUAUGUUUAUUGAGUUCAUCGAUCAUACUGGACGUGCCGUAAAAUUCCAGCACAUAAUCAGCGGGAGAACUCUGACGAAGCGACCAGUUUUCUUGAAAGGAGUCGUUUGCAGCAAGGGUGUCCCGUUACCUUUUCCUGGUGAGGAAUUUCACGCUCUCUGUGAACGACACGAAGACAGCACGAAUCCAAAUGCAUCUAGAGUCCCUGCGGAGGUUUACUGUGUCGAGUGUGAAGAUGCCAUGUGCAAAGUCUGCUUUGACAGAGACCACAAACCUCGAGUAGCUUUUCAGAGACAUCAACUGCGGAAGAUUCAAAAGUGCAGUCACUGUGGGUCGGAAACGGCGACGCGAGAGUGUCUGCAAUGUGGCAAUGGCAAGGUUCCUUUCUGCGAUGUUUGCUUCCCCCAUCAACACAAAUUCCAAGCUUUGGUGGUUAUGUGCGUUGAGUGUUCUGACCGAGUAGCUCAAUGGUCUUGCGAGACCUGUUUAGAUGUCUUCUGCAAGCGCUGUAUGAGCUCGUACCAUGCUAAAGGAGAGCGACAAUACCAUCACUGCCAUCGCUUGAAUUACUUUUCCAUUCUUCGACAGAUAGCAGAGCAAAAGAGGAGUGUCGACGUCGAAAAAGACCGAGAAAAGCGGAAGAAACGGCGCGAAGAACAGAGACGACAGCAAGAAGAGGAAUACAAGCGACAGAACCUCGCUGCGGCUAAAAUCCAAGCGCUGAUUCGAUCGUUCGUUGUGCGUCAAUCCGGGAAGGCAUACAUGAAGCUAGUACGACAGACACAAGUAGCUCGGGCACAGCGGAAAAAGGACGAUAAAGUUCGGGCGUCCAUUGUAUACAAGAUGAAAGCUGUGUUUGGUGUGUCAUCGGCUUUAAAGUCGGACACAAAGCAAGAGAUCGCAGCGCGUCAUGAACGCUUUGAGAGCAUCAAACGUACUCUGUUCCUGCAGCGCCCACCAGUGGAUACGUCCAAGCCAGGUAAGAAGCACUGGAGUAAGAAUAAAAAGGCCCAAGUGCUGGAAGCUGUCAGAACGUGGUGUGACUACGACGAACCAGUGAAAAUCCUCAAGGGAGAAUGGAAAAAUUGUGUAGGAACGAUUGUGUCGACGCAGAAUUUGAUUCUCACGGGUAGUGUGCUAGUUUUCGUCCCUUUAGCCAACCGAUCUGCAGUUGUUCGAUAUGAGGACAUUGUGCCUUUCCAAGACGGCGCCUUGCGUCAAGCGUACGAAUCGCCAGGACAAAUAGCUAUGGACGUCACGCGAGAUUUCCGAGUCAAAGUCUCACAAAUCUUGGAAGCUGCUGUCCGAAAGGCGCGCUUGUUGUAUUUGCAAACGAUCGAGUUCAACCGUAUCACACAAUACGCAUGGGUUGUCGACUAUGAUAAGCGAGCGCAGAGAAUGGAGUAUUGGAAUGUUGUACUGAAUCGACGGGUGUCAACGCCACCCAAAGCGAUGGAACUAAUUGAACGCAUGGAGCUCGAGGAGCGAGAAAAGUUGGAGAAGCGCGUGGAGCUGGCUAGAAGCAAACUUGUUGCCUUGUUGAAUCCAUUCCAACCAAAGGGCAAGUCUAAGCUGGAAUUACGGAGAAGUGCCAUUGUGUUUAUAUCAAAAAGCGUGUAUGCAGACGAUGGGGACACUUUAGUUGCAUCUUUGAAGCGCGAGAUGGAGGCUAUCGACGACGCUCGCUUCUGGCAAGACAAGGUGGCUACGAACCGGCAGUUUGGCGGCAAGAAGGCACAGAAAUUCCUCUCUGCAUCUCCAACUAAAGCUAUCUGGCCAGUAGUCAAGCUAUUCAGUUGGAUGGAUUUGCACGAGGACGGCGGAUUCGAGCCUCACGCCAAGAAAUUGCUUAGUAUGAACGAGGAUCUCCAGGUCUAUGUAGUACAGGUGGUGAGCAAUUGCUUUGAGAGCUCUGGAGACGCCAAACUCGCACGGGAUAAACUACUGCAACUGAUGAGCUUAAAGGAGGCGACGCUGCAAUUGCUUAUGACUAAGGACCAGCGAGACGUCGAGGAAGAGGAAGCUCGACAGGUGCCAUGA